CCCUUACCCGGAUGUGUUCAGUUUUAGUUCUGGGGUCUGUGUCCUGUCUUGUAGUCACGCUGCCAGACAGUAAAUAGAGUUUAUAGUCAUUUUACGGAGAUAAAUUGGUUAUAUUUUGCUAUGUGGUGGCGUUAUUAUUGAGGUGGUGGGCGAUGGAGGGAGCUACAAAUUACAAUCAGGGCAGGAGUCAGCCUGGGCUUGGAGCCUCCAGCCAAAGCAGUAGAAACAGAUAAAGCUCACAAGUAACAGUAUACAUCUCAGCAACACAGAAGGGUGACGAGACAUGAUGAAUGAAGAUCUUGCUCUAGGUGGUUGAGUUAAGAAGUGAGACUCAGAGAAGGACAGACAUGAAGAAGAGAAAUGGUGGCUGGGUGGACAGUCGGCUCAAACAGAGAGUGGAGGAGUAUCUGGCAUCCAGCAACAGCGAAUAUGUGGACCUGUCAGCCAUUGCCCUGGACCUUCAAAAACUGUACAGAAUGGAGUAUGGUAGAAGAAACAAGACAGCUUUCAGGAUUCAAGUAGAGAAAGUAUAUGAAGCGAUCACGAAGGAGUCGGACCUCAAUGAUCUGGAGAGCAAACACUUAGCCAAGAGAGCCAAGCACAGCCACAAUGACACAGGUGAAGGCAGCAGCAGCUCAGAGGAGUCGUCUGACACUGAUGACCAGGUUCUGGAGAACACCCCUACCAACCACAUGAACAGCUCUCUUACAUCUCUGUACCGGAAGGGACACCUGGACUCCAACACCUGCUCACCCAGGAGAGAUCAGCCUGAUGCCAGCACGGCCAGCCCCGCUCUUAGUGCAGGGACGCUCAUUUCCUCAGGGGGCUGGUUCAUUGAUCGAGGCAAAGGCCCAGAAAAGAGCAACAUCCUCAUCGACCUGUGUGAAGAGGAACCAACUAAUGCUACAACAAAUACAGAUGUGUCUAUGCUGCAGCCUGAGAAAUCGCAUAAAAAGUCAAAAAAAAGGACGAAGAUCUCCUCUGAAACAACUGAGUCUCGCACCUUCAACAAGAAAGCCAAGUCAAAGUCCCCGGAGCUGCAGUAUCCCUCUCUGAAGUUUGAAGACGUGGGAGGUAAUGAAGAGACGUUAACUGAGGUGUGUAAGCUGCUCGUCCACAUGCGUCACCCUGAGGUGUACCAGCAGCUGGGAAUGGUUCCUCCGAGGGGCUUUCUCCUUCAUGGACCUCCUGGCUGCGGAAAGACCCUGCUGGCUCAGGCUGUGGCCGGGGAGCUGCAGCUGCCAAUGCUGAAGGUGUCCGCCCCAGAGCUGGUUUCUGGAGUGUCCGGGGAGUCUGAACAGAAGCUCAGAGAGCUGUUCGACCUGGCUGUGAGCUCUGCCCCAUGUAUCCUCUUCAUAGAUGAGAUAGAUGCUAUCACUCCUAAGAGAGAGGUGGCCUCUAAAGACAUGGAGAGGAGGAUUGUGGCCCAGCUGCUAACCUGCAUGGAUGACUUGAAUAGUCUGACGAUGACAGCACAGGUCCUGGUCAUUGGUGCCACCAACAGGCCAGACUCCCUGGACCCCGCCCUCCGCAGAGCCGGCCGCUUCGACAGAGAGAUCUGCCUGGGUAUUCCUGACGAAGCAGCUCGUCUCAGGAUCUUGAAGACAUUGUGUCGAAAACUGAAGCUGCCGGUGGACUUUGACUACCAGCAGCUGGCCCGGCUCACCCCAGGCUACGUGGGUGCAGACCUUAUGGCCCUGUGCCGGGAAGCUGCCAUGAGUGCUGUAAACAGGGUUCUGCUGGAAAUAAGGGGACAACCACAGAGACGGAGCUCUUCUGAAGCGGAGUUAACAGGUGGAGUUCAGACUGAGAUUGCCGCGGAGGACAAAGCAGUCCGAGAAGACCAGGUGACGGACGGCACAUCGCCUCAGGAAGAGUCGGGACAGGAUCACCUGCAGCAGGGGGAGCUGUGGCACCUGUUGCAGCUGCUGAAGAACACUGAGACCCUGUCAGAGGCAGAGCUGGCCGGCCUCUCCAUCCUCAUGUCAGACUUCCAGGCCUCUCUAGCCAGUGUCCAGCCCUCGGCCAAGAGGGAGGGCUUCGCCACGGUGCCUGAUGUCACUUGGGAUGAUGUGGGAGCUCUGCAGGACAUCAGAGAGGAGCUCACCAUGGCCAUCCUGGCUCCGGUGCGUUCUCCAGAGCAGUUUAAAGCUCUGGGUCUUAGUGCUCCAUCUGGUGUGCUGCUGGCUGGACCUCCAGGAUGUGGAAAAACACUGCUGGCCAAGGCAGUGGCCAAUGAGUCAGGCCUCAACUUCAUCUCUGUCAAAGGUCCAGAGCUGCUCAACAUGUAUGUGGGAGAGAGCGAGCGGGCUGUCAGGCAGGUCUUCCAGAGAGGACGCAACUCUGCUCCUUGCGUCAUCUUCUUCGAUGAGAUCGAUGCUCUGUGUCCUCGCCGCUCAGGCCAUGAGUCAGGAGCCAGUGUGCGGGUGGUCAACCAGCUGCUCACAGAGAUGGACGGCCUGGAGACUCGACGGCAGGUGUUCAUUAUGGCUGCAACCAACAGACCAGAUAUCAUCGACCCCGCCAUACUCAGGCCAGGCCGUCUCGAUAAAACCUUGUACGUGGGUCUGCCGCCUCCAGCAGACCGCCACGCCAUCCUGCUCACCAUCACCAAGGGGGGGACCAAACCUCAGCUGGAGCAGGAUGUGUGUCUUGAAGAGAUCGCCUCUGACGAGCGCUGUGAUUGCUUCACUGGUGCUGACCUGACUGCCUUAGUGAGGGAAGCAUCCGUUAAUGCCUUGAGGGCCUACCUGAAGUCCCAGCAUUCCUCAGCUUCUUCUUCUGGUCACACAUACUCCUCCGGCUCUGUGGCUGACAUCAGAGUGAGCAAACAGAACUUUGAUGAUGCCUUCGGGAAAGUUCGUCCAUCUGUUUCCAAAAAGGAUCAGAAGAUGUACGAGCAGCUCAGGGAAUCUCUCAGCAGAUAAGCGCAACACCAGAGCCACCGACGCCACCGGCAGCAGUUAAGCUCUUGUACUGCCUUUCAGUUAAGGUUUCAUGUCAUGUAUGGAUAUACAUUUUAUUAUGGAUGAAUCAUAACACUGAUUCCUGCUUUUCUAAUAAAAGAAAUACAUAUG